AUGAAGAUGAGCCUCCCAGACAAACUGCUGAUCCUACUCCUCCUUUCUUCUCUGCUUUCUGCCCAACUCAGCCACAGUUUUAACUUCAGGACUUCUUCUGUCCAGGAACCCACUCCAUCAGCCUCCAACAUAUGCUCUACAGUUGAAGAGGAACUUGCUGCCAGCACACAGCCUCCCAAUGUGAGCACAGAUCCUCAAGUAGAAGUAGAAGAGGAAGACUGGUUUGUGCCUGAAAAUUACCUCUAUAGUGGCAAUGCCUCUCUCCUAAGUUCCUCACGCUGUCAUAAUUCUUUCCAGUUGUCUGCUCAGCAUGGUGCUAUCCCACAAGAUAUCAAGGACCUUCUCAACCAGCCUACAGUGUCCUUGACUAAUGCUGUGAACUUCCUUAACCUUAUCUUUCAGGCAAGUGAACUGAGGGAGACUAGUGUAAGGGAGGACAUAGACUGGUACCACGCACUGAUCCGAUCUAUGGUUGUUGGUGAAAGGUCUAGACUGGUGAGACGUGCUCUGCUAAGCUUUGAUGCUGAUCCUUCAGCUCCUCAACCACAGUUGAUUCUCUGGGCAUCCAAGAGCUCAUCUCAAGACAUCUACCUCCAGGACCUCACUUUAGCCUGGGAAAAACUUCACUUAUUGCCCCAUGGCCUUAAUCAGAGCUGGUUCAACUUACUGAAAUCAAACAGCCUGUCUUCUACCCUGUCCAAACAAAUCCUGCUCAAUGACCUCAGCACCCUGGAUACUCCCAAGUGGGCACAUGGGGGCACCUUUGUAACGAAUAGCAGUGGACUGCAGUGGGGCGAGGGCCCAUUCUUGGAGUGUAAGGAAGGGCAUUUCCAGCCUGGGUGGCUACUUACAAUUUCUUUGCCAUUUUAUGGGCUGAAACCAGACCUCAGUCCUGAAUUCAGAGGCGUGAUCCGAGUAGAUGUGGAUAUCCAGGAUGUUGAUGUAAACCAGUGUGCCAUUGGGGAUUUCUGGUUUGCUGAUACACAUCAGUGCAACCGUACCAGCAUGGAGUGUGAGCCCAUUCCUAGCCAGGGGUUUCGUCUUGGCCAGUACUGCUGCCGAUGUAAAGAGGGAUACUACAGCCUGCCAACAGACACAGAUGACCAGUUAGAUGAAGUUUCCAGUAGUACCCAGGGGUGUUACCCUGUGAUUCCUUUGUGUGUGCCAUGCUGGCCGGGCUGUAAGCAGUGUCAAGAUGGCUCCCCAUGUUGGGUUCAGGAGGACUGGAACCUGAGAGCAGCCCUGCUAACUCUGCACAGCUUCUUCAUGGCACUUGUGAUUAUCAUCAUGCUGAGAGUGUACCAAUGCCGAAGGACAAGGCCGAUUCGAGCAUCUGGCUUCCUGUUGCUGGAGAUCAUUCUCCUCGGGUCUUUGCUCCUUUACUUUCCUGUCUUGAUAAUAUUUUUCAAACCCAGCACGUUUCACUGCAUCCUGCUCCGUUGGGUCCGUUUGCUUGGCUUCGUCAUUGUUUACGGCACUAUGACGCUGAAAAUGUACAGGGUUCUAAAUGUAUUCCUCUCGUGCACUGCCCAGAGAGUCCCCUACAUGUCCAAUGCGAGUGUGCUCAGGAUGCUGGGAGUGAUGGUGCUCACUGUGAAAUGGUUUUUGUGUGCCUGGACUAUGGGGGUUCUUCAAAACCAGGAUCGUAACAUCCCUCUGCUGAUUACAUUAACCACCUCAGAUGGGCAGAGCUUUAAAGUGUGUGAUUGGGACCGGUGGGAUUACAUGAUGGUCAUGGCGGAGCUGAUGUUCUUGUGCUGGGGGAUCUCCCUCAGCAGUGCGGUCAAGAACGUGCCCUCUGCCUUUCAUGAGCCCCGCUACAUGGGCAUUGCCAUCCACAACGAACUGCUCUUCUCCACCAUGUUUCAUCUGCUCCGGUUCAUAAAACAAUCUCUACAACCUGACUGGAUGCUUUUGCUGUUCUUCAUCCACAUACAUGUCACAAUCACUGUAACACUCGGCCUGCUGUUCUUUCCUAAGUUCCUUCACAUAUCUCGACUUAUAAAAGAGGAUAUUGCUUCAGAGAUAUAUGAGGAUGAAGUGGACCUGCGACGUUCAUGUUUACAUCUCAAUAAUAGUUUUACAUCUGGCUGCUGGAGCGACCACAACCUGGACCCCGAUGACAUACGGGGUGAGCUGAAGAAACUUUACGCUCAGCUAGAAGUCCACAAGACAAAGAAAAUUGGAAACAACAACCCACACCUGCAGAAAAAGCGCAGUUCCCGGCUCAUGCUUGGCCGAUCCCUUAUUAGACGGUUAGCUGAGAUCCCAGAGGGCAGGACCCGGCAGGGCAGCCGUAAAGAUAAAGAUGCAUCGGGAGAUGGAGGAGGAUCUUGCUUGGCAAAUUCUGGGAGCACCCGUGUCAUUAUGAGAAAUGAGACCGCAAAGGUGCCAUCAGCAGAGACUGAAAAGUGUGUGUCGGUGAAGGAUGUCUCAUUGAGAAAUUCUCCAGUGAAGAACUGUAUGAACAAAAGAGCCUCUGAGACUGAAUCCAUUGACACGGCACCACUUUUCUGCAAAUCAGUCAGCGCUCAAAACCUAGCUGUAGACAACAACUUUCUACAACCAGUGUCUACCCGGGUUCAGAAAUCGUUCAGUUUUCCAGAAAAGCACAGGGAUCAUUUCUCUCUUUCUCCUACAAACAGCAUGCUGGAUACAUCACAUGUUCUUAAAACAAAAUUUGACAAGGCUGAGGUUAAACAGGAAGAAUCUAGGGACACAAACCAAAAACACGCUAUUUGCACUCGGGUUGAGCAAGAAACCCUAAAACAGAAGUGUAAAUCAUCGACUGCACUUCUAUAUGUUUGCCCCUGGGAAUUUGCCUCCUCCUUGCCCUCUUCAUCCCCUCCCAUGGUAAAGGACGUGGAUUCAGAUGUUGAAUCUUCCAGACCAAAACCUCCAAUCUCCUCAAGUGCUCCAGGGUCACCAUAUAGCCUAAACAAGCCCAAGGCCCGCAGUGGGUUCUCUUUCCAUUCUGCCACACAGACCCUUAUUUUAGCAAAGGGUUUGGUGCCUAAAAAAGUGUGUGCCAAAUCUGGCUACAAAAAUUAUACCAGAGAGGAUGAGAUUACAUCACAACAGACCAGAUCAGCAACUCUAAGCAGUGAUAUGAAGUCAGUGAGAAAGCCACAACAAACACCAAUACGAUCUAGAACAAAAAUAAGAGCGUCCACAGAAAGGACUAUGAGUCUCGAGAGCAGCAGGCCAUUCUGGCAACAAGACAGAACUUCACUGACCAUUUCAAGAUCAAGAAUGAGUCAUUGGGAUGCUCCAACCAAGACUUGUCCUAGAAGCAACAUAGCUGAUAUUUGCCCUUGGGAAGUGAAUCAGCAAGAUGACUUAGGUUUUACUGAUGAUUAUUCAACUUGGAAUAGCAAGCAAAUGCAAAUAACAUCAGGGCACAAAGGUGUUUGUCCUCGGGAAUCCCUGGGAAUGUAUAAUAAACCUAGGAAAGGAACUGAACAACAGGAGAGCCAUACAGAGGCAGAAGUGUUCUCUUUCAAUGUAAAAAAAGACCCUGCCAAAUUAGUUCCCGAGGCAACAAAACCCACUGAAAGGGUUAUUUACGUAAAUGCUCACCCAGACACAAGGAAACAGAGUCUGGUGCGACAAGAGACGCUCCGAGCUGAGGUCUGUCCAUGGGAAACAAAUCAAGAGGUAAUGUCUGUUAAUGUAUAUCCCUGGACAUUAAAUGGCACGAUAGGAAAAUACUCUGAAACAAUAAGGAGCACUGAAUCAAAAAGUCUAACUGCAACGCCCAGCCCAAAGAAUAUCUUAACAAAACAACUUACCAGUGCUGCAAAUAUGGAGAUAUGCCCAUGGGAGUUUCCAGAGCAAUUACCCUGCUCAUUGGAAUCAGAAACGUUACCUAAAACAGAUGCUGAGAAACAAAGAGAUGAUAUGAAAAAUAAAGUAAUGCCAUAUCCACAGAAGAAACAUCUCACAAGCACAGCAGAAACAUGUCCGUGGGAUUUCCCAGAGUCCCCAUCUAUUGUCAAAGACGUCUGUCUUUUAGAGUCAGAGGAAGCUUCACUGAAAAGAAAACAUGAAGACAUGGGAUUGCAUUCACUAAUGGCAGUAACUAAGAAAGCUGAUAACUGUUCACAGGAAGCAGAGGCGACUGAGAGAUCAGAAAAUAUUAACAUAACAAAGGAGUCAGAUACAUCAGUCUUGCAAAAAGAUGGUGUGCAUGCCAAAUGUUGUCUUUGGGAAAACAUUACACAAGAAAGUGAACAGCCAGUGAGCCGGUGGGAAACAGAACAGUCGCCAGAACCAACUCAAAGUCAAAAUCUUCAACUGUUCAUAUGCCCUUGGGAACUAGAGGUCUUAGGAAAGUCCAAAACACAAUCAAGUGUGUGUGUGGAUGUUUGCCCUUGUAAAACUGAACAUCCAGCAGGUACGACAGAUGGAGUCACUGAAAAGAGAAAAGAAGAUACCAGUGCACAUACUGCACAGGGGGCGAAGGCUAAUCGCCCUCUGAUGCGAUGUGAUGCAUUAUGUCCGUGGGAAAUGAAAGGAGGAUCACAAGCAUCUGUUACUGAGCCUGACAACAACUCAGAUAUCUUCUCAUGGGAGGAACCAAUAGGGGAGGAAGAAAGUGAUGCAGAAACAGCAGCGGAGGCCUUCAUCUUCCCACCUGACUUAUAG